AUGAGAGGGUCCGCGACAUCAACCUCAAUAACUCGUAUCAACGGAUAUACUCGCGAUGGAGCACUAGAGGUUCCCAGUAGACUCUGUCCCGCCUCACGCCAGCCGUCGCUCUCUCGCUUCAAGCAAGUAUGCGCUCAAACCGCCAACCCGCACACGUAUAUAAAGGCGUUCUCUAUCACGUCGAACAUUCCCGAAUAUUUCUCACCGCAUGAAUUGCAACUCAAAGAUCCGGAAUUUAUCGACAGGUGGCAGGACGAAUUGCAUCACAUCCUAGUCUCCGGACCCGGGGUCUUCGUUAUUCGCCAGUUCUGCACCGAUAAAGCUCUGCUCAAGGACGUCAACACUGUCUUUUCUGCAAUAAUUGACUCCGAAGCUUCCGAAUCCAGGGGUGAUCACUUCGCUGUGUCGGGAAAGAAUGCACGGAUCUGGAACUCCUUCCAAAAACACGCCGAAAGAGAUCCUACCUCGUUCGUCAAAUACUACUCGAAUCCCUUGCUAGCCAUAGUGGCCGAGGCAUGGCUUGGUCCUGCAUACCAGGUGACAGCCCAAGUCAACAUCGUUAAACCUGGCGGACAACCUCAGGUCAGCCAUCGAGAUUACCAUCUAGGAUUUCAGUCAUCCGAAUCGUGCUCGCAAUUUCCGAAAGCAACGCAAGUCGCUAGCCAGUUCUUGACGUUACAAGGUGCGAUAGCUCAUUCAAAUAUGCCUCUAGAGAGUGGACCGACUCGAUUCCUUCCAUUCUCGCAGCAGUUCCAGGAGGGGUACAUGGCUUAUCGGCACAAGGAAUUCCAGGAUUACUUCAACGACAAUUGGGUCAGUGUCGACCUGAAAAUGGGAGAUGCGGUGUUCUUCAAUCCAGCCUUGUUUCAUGCGGCCGGCGAGAACAAAACCACCAAUCUGGAUCGCAGUGCAAACUUACUGCAAAUCAGCAGCGCUUUUGGCCGGACGAUGGAAACCAUUGACACCGUAAAGAUCAUCUCCAAGUGUUGGGAGGAUGUGAGACGAUUGUACUCGGAAGCUGGAAUGACGGAUCAAGUGCGCGCAAUCCUGGCGGCUCUCGGAGAGGGUUAUCCAUUCCCUACCAAUUUGGAUCGUCGUCCACCCGCUCCAGGCGGUAUGGCUCCCGAGAGUGAAAUUGACGUGCUGCGACGAGGAUUGGAGCAAGACUGGGACACGACAAAGGUCAUUACGGAGAUUAUGAUACUACGGCAAAACUCAAUGGCUUAG